AUGACACAAGCAUCCCAAUAUACGCAAAUCGAACUGUGCACCCUCAAUGGCCCCGAAUACCGACGCGUUUCUACCGCUCCGCCCCGCACCCCCACAGAGGACGAGAUCCCUGUGAUCGAUCUAACAGCUAUCGACGGGACACUGGAAGAGAGGAAAGAACUGGCUGGGAGAAUCCGGGCAGCGGCACAAAAUACUGGAUUCUUUUAUAUCAGUAAUCAUGGAAUCCCAGAGGAAGUGAUACAGAAUGCGCUGGCCCAGGCGAAGGCGUUUUUUGGACAGCCCGAGGAAGACAAGCAGAAGGUUUCAGAUGGGUAUUUCGGAGUGGGGACGACGCAGAUAAAUAAGUCGGAAACAAAGGACCGCAAAGAAACCUUCUCGCUGCGCUAUAACCCCGAAAACGAUCCCACCGUAUCCAACCCCAAAGACCUGAUCCACGAAUUAAACAACGCUCAAAUCCACCUCUGGGACGAAACAAGCCAUUUGCCCGGGUUUCGCGAAGUGACGAUAGAUUUCUGGCAACGGCGACUAACCCUCGCGCGAAAGAUGACUCGCAUUUUCGCGCUCGCAUUAAACCUUCCCGAAGACUACUUCGACAACAUCAUCACGCAUCCAGGCGCCGAUGGCUUAUACAUCCACUACCCCGGUACACCCGACAUCAACCUCACCAAACAGCAGAACAUAGACAACGGAAUCGGCUCACACACAGACAUCCAAUGCUUCACGCUCUUAUGGCAGGACAUGUCCGGCGGAUUACAAGUCCUAUCCGCCGACGACGAAUGGCUCGACGCGCGACCGAUCGAGGGGACAUUUGUCGUGAACAUCGGGGACUUUUUGCAGCGGCUGUCGAAUAAUUGGUUCAAGUCGACGGUUCAUCGCGUUUAUAAUCGUCGCAGCACGUCGCGGUAUGCGAUGCCGUUCUUUGUGGGGUUUAAUCCGGAGGCGGUUUGUGAGGUUGUGGCCACUUGUGUGGAUGAUGGGCAUCCAGCGUUGUUUGAGCCGAUUUCGUGCGGGAAGUGGCAUCGUGAGAGACUUGAGUUGGCGAGGGGGACGGCUGCUGCGGCCUAG